AUGGAAAAACAGCAGUUCGCAGACUUGGAGAAGGUCGAGGGACUGAUUCCAGAGUUGGAAGAGGAAGAAACCUUGAGUUCCAAGGAAGUUGCUCUUGAGAUGCUUGUCGUCGUCCUUAACUGGACAUUGUUCUCAGCGUUGAUAACCGGAUCGAUUUGGUGGUUCCAGUUCAAUGCACCGCAACCAGGUUCUCCUGUCAACGUCGAUGGCCCUACGCAAGAACUCCAAACACCUUCGCUACGUCAUACACUCUCACGCGGAGUCUUUCUUGUCGGCAGCUUGCUCAGUUUCUGCGUGGUGCUCCUCAUCGUUUUGGGCAAGGUCCUCAUGCGCCAGCACACGCUCACUCUGAAACUACCGCCUUAUGGCCCUCGUCGCCUCCCCAAGCAUAUGGUUCAACGUCUACGCGCGAUUCCAACAUCCAUGCCUCCGUGGUUCAUGCAGCUUCUCAAGUCAUUGCAGUGUAUCUUCCCACUUGUUCAUGGCUUGCCCUUGCCCAUUAUCCUUCCACUCUGA